AUGUUUGGUUAAAAGUAUGGUGCACUUAUAAUUGGGAUCUCUCUUAUUAUUAUAGGAAUUUUUGGAAUUUUAGGAUCUACAGCUAAAAAAGUAUGUUUUUAAAGAGGAUUCUUAUUCUUUCAUCAUAUAAGUGUAUUAUUAUUUGGAAUACUGUUUAUUAUCUUGUUUUAUUUGUUGAAUUUCUAAGCAAAAGAAUAUUUUGGGAAAUGUAGAAUUAAUAUAGAAUUUAGCAUGUGAGUCGACACAAAAUUUUAAAGAAUUAAGUGACGGUGUUAAAAGUGCUAAUGAAUCAUUUUGUUCUAUAAGUUGUCCAUGCAAUUUAGAUCCUACUAAAUUUAAAGAUAAAUCAGUUCUAAAAGGAAAAAUCGGAUUCUCUAAUUCUCUUUUGCCAUCUAAUGUAUAAGAUUGCAUAGGAUUUGAUUCUGAGAAAUACAAAUAUCCUAUUUAAUUAAUGAAUGUAUUCAAUAUGAAUAUUUAGAUUUUGGAAAUGAAUUUUUCAUGUUCUGGAUGGUGUACUAGCACUUCCAUUUUUGUUUUUUCAGAUAUUAAUAGAGGUAAUACAUCAGGUUUGAGUUGUUUCAAUAAAUUUUAAAAUUAUUAUGAAGAUUAUGUAACAAUUAUGGGUUAUAUUUCUUUGUGUUUGGGUAUUUUAUUUAUAUUAUCCUUUACUUUUAUAUUUUGUCUAUAUUGUGAAAAAGAGAAGUUGAAGAAAAAGAAGGCUUAAGAAUUAAGAUUGUUAUAUUAAUGA